AUGGCUUCGCCCUUCCGAACAUCACUUCCGCGCAGCACCCGACAGCUCACGCGACAGCAAUGUCUUCGAUCCACCCAAUGCCUUUACCAACGGAGAACAUACGCAACACCCAAUCUCCGUGCCCCAGACGCCUCCGAUCCGAAGCUCCAAUCCAUCGACGUCUCCCAGCUGCAAAUCCAGAAGAGCACCACCCCCAAGGAUGUCAUGCCGCACGAUCAACUCGUCUUCGGCCGCACCUUUACCGACCACAUGCUCAGCAUUGAGUGGACGGCAGGCGAUGGCUGGUUAGCGCCGCGAAUAACGCCAUACCAGAAUCUCAGUCUCGACCCUGCAACGUGCGCGCUACACUAUGCGUUUGAAGCAUUCGAAGGCAUGAAGGCCUACAAAGAUCGCAACGGCGAUGUACGAUUAUUUCGGCCGGAUAUGAACAUGAAACGGUUGAACAAGAGUGUUUCGCGGAUAGCACUACCUACCUUUGAUGGCGACGCUUUCAUAGAUCUACUGAAGCGAUUCUGUAAAAUCGAGGAGCGGUUCAUUCCUUCAGCUCGCGGCUACUCAUUAUACAUCCGGCCAAACAUGAUAGGCACCCAACGUACCCUUGGCGUAGGACCACCCGGCUCAGCAUUACUCUACGUCAUCGCCUCCCCAGUCGGCCCCUACUACCCAACAGGCUUCAAAGCUAUCUCGCUCGAAGCAACCACCUACGCCAUCCGCGCCUGGCCCGGCGGUGUCGGUGCAUCGAAGCUAGGCGCCAACUACGCGCCCUGCAUCGUCCCGCAGAUGCAGGCCGCCACCCGCGGUUUCCACCAGAAUCUCUGGCUUUUCCCGGGUGUGGACGAGCGAACGGGUCAGCAAGAAGACUUCGUGACUGAAGUCGGCACCAUGAACCUCUUUGCUUGCAUCCGGAGCCCGCAAGGCAAGCCUGAGCUCGUUACAGCUCCUUUGGAUGGGACCAUCUUGGAAGGGGUAGUGCGUGACUCUAUCCUAGCGCUUGCGCGCGAACGGCUGGUACCGGAGGGUUGGACGGUGAGCGAACGACCUUUCACGAUGCGGGAGCUUACUGAAGCUUCGUCGGAAGGCCGGUUGAUGGAAGUCUUUGGCUCGGGCACGGCGGCGGUUGUGAGUCCUGUACGGAAUAUUGGCUAUCAGGGGAAGAUCAUCGAGUGCGGGUUACCACCCGACAAGGAAGUCGGUGAGGUUACGCUUCGGAUGCUCGAUUGGAUUACAGGGAUUCAGUAUGGCGAUGAGACGCAUGAGUGGAGUGUCAAGGUGUGA